AUGGCUCAAUUGCCGGCCAAGGAGUCCCAACCAGGGCCGAAGAGGGCCAGAAUGAACUUUUGUCCCAUUUUGAGUUUUUCAGAGGAAGAUAAGAUGAGAACCAUCCAGCCCCACGACGAUGCGCUGUUGAUCACCCUCAGAAUCGGGGACUACGAUGUAAGAAGAGUGAUGGUGGAUGGCGGUAGUGUUGCCAAGGUUACGUACCCCGACCUCUACAAGGGGCUAGGGUUAAAACUAGAGGAUUUGAUGCCCUACAACUCCCCUCUGAUGACUUUUGACGGGAAGCUUGUCAUCCCAAUAGGCAUGAUUAGGUUGCCCAUUCAGACCGGCCCAGAGAUAGUGGAGGUGAACUUCAUCGUGGUGGACACCUACUCCCCCUGUACGGCCAUUAUCGAUAGACCCUGGCUCCAUACCUCAGAAGCUGUUGCUUCCUCGUUGCACUAG